CAGCAACCCGCCGCCGGCAUGUUCAACGUAGAGAGGGACGUUGGGGCCCCGCCAGUGGCACCAGCAGCCAGCAUGCAGCUGAAACUCAACGACAUCCAAAGUUACUUGAAGUCCCUCGACAAAAGCAAAAAGGGAGAAGCAAAUCAAACAACCACCACCACCACCACCACCACCACCGCAUCUACCGCUGCCAUUCAUAGCGACCCCGUUAAGGACCGGGAGCCUGUGUCAUUAAUGUGGGGUAUUGGAGAUACGACAGCCUACGUAGGACGCUUGUUUACCUAUCCGCUACCAAAUGAUGCUUUCAAAGGAGACAUAAAGUCAUUCAAGGUGAUGGAGGCCGGCAAGACGACCCUACCCAAGUGGUUGUAUUUCAACGUUGAGACUCGUACCUUCUCUGGAGUCCCGAAACCAGCAGACAUCGCCCAGUAUUACAUCGAGGUUGUGGCACAGGCCGAGGACCAAGGGGCUGUCAGUCAGUUUGCCAAAGACGUCUUCUCGAUUCAUGUGACCAAAGAAAGCUCGAAACCUGCCACGGCAGCAGCAAUCAGUGGCUCAUCCUCAAAGAAGAACAGCAAGGGUUCAAAUUCUCCACCAGUUGUCCGAUGCAUGCCCCAGGAGCCAGAAACAGCGUUUACGCUAAUUGUUGACGCAGACCUUGAUCAACUUUCUCCCCACAGCAUUGUGGGGCUGUUGAAGAAACUGGAGUACAAUCUAGGACUUGCACCUGAGAUGUUUAAGGUCGGUCCUGCCACCACUGGCAACAGGCCCAUCCCUCCUGUUCAUGCAGUUGCCCCAAACACAUCGUCCUCGUCCACCCUUGUAUCAGGGCCUGGUGACAUAAAAACCGCAAAACACCCCGGGGUGUUUGUCACGUGGCUGGUUGGUUGUGGCAGAGUGGAGCUACAGCACAUGAACGUUCUUGAAAGGGUGGAAUCCAUUUCGGCAAAUGGCACCUUGGCCGAGCUCCUCGGUUAUGGAGUUGUUGGGUGGCAUGUGACAAACAGACAAGUAAUCCUGCCUGAGAAGAGGGUAAGGCGUGCAGCCAUCAUGGCCACCCCGGCUGUCAUUGACAUUGCACCGACAGUCGUGGCGACAAGGACCCGUGGUCACGAGGGAGAUGGAGGCAUGACUCACCGUGUGCCCACCAUGGAGUCAUCCCUCAUACAACCGACGCGCACCCACCCGCAUUCACACAAGACCCACCACCGACAUACGGACGGAAUGACCACUCUGCACCCGUCGACCAUGGGGCCGAAAGGUGGAAGCACCCUGAAGACGAAAUCUCUGCCGGAUGGAAUGUUCACGAUGACAGGAGGAGACGUUAGUAUGACUGGAGUUGUACCGCCAAUCAUUCCAACGAAACCCUCGACAGGGAUGGCCACCAGCAUGCCCGAAUAUUGCAGUCACGCAAGAAAGCUAAAACCACGAAUAGCACACAAGAUUCCUGUGCAGGAAUUUGAGGCCGGGAAGCGAGCCUACUUCUCUGUGCCGUCUGAUACAUUCAUUGACUGCAAGGACCCCAGCGAUCGCUUGAAGCUGGGAUUUUUCCUUGAUGAUUACAAACAGAUUCCAAAAGACUUUUGGCUGCAGCCAGACUCGGCCAAUGAUAAGAGCAUGAUUGGGUUGCCAAUGGAAAGCGAUGUGGGCAACCACAACAUGACGGUGGUGGCGAUAAACAGCGAUGGAAUGACCGACUUUUUGGACUUUCUCGUGAAGGUUCUGCACAACAAGAACCUCAAGGACAAUGAGGUAACCCACAAGAUUAAAAUGAAGUUCAGUAUCGAGUACAAGAAAUUUAUGUCAAACAUCAACUCAAGGCUUGAUCUCAUUGACAAGAUUGGCAAAUUGUACGGAGAUGCAGAUGCGAGCAGCGUCACGGUGCUUGAAAUAGCAGAGGGCUCAGUGGAGGUGUCCUGGACAAACAACACUCUCGUUGGCACGAAAUGCCCCGAUGAUGCCACCAAAGUCCUUUUUGAACACCUGGUUGAUGACAAAAAACAGGUGAAACGUUCAGCAAGGAAAGCAAUGAAACCUUUCAAGCUGCAGUCGGCCCAAAUAAUCCCAAUGGGAGCUUGUGCUGGGGGCUAUAUCAUCCCGAUGCCAAGCACCCCAGUGGCACCAGGGGCAGCAACAACACCGGAAAUCGAGAAACAACAGUCAGAUGAUGAGAACGAUAUUCUUAUUUCAACCGUCGUCCCUGCUGUCAUCAUCGUGUCCAUAUUGCUUCUGGCAUUGCUUGUUGCUUGCAUCCUUUACCGAAAGAAACGGAAAGGAAAGAUGUCACUCUCGUCUGCUGGCGAACACGACGCAUACAGCGGGAAGGGUGCCCCAGUGAUCUUCGCUGAAGAGCUUGAGGACAAACCGACCGACUGCCAAAGGCCCCUCAUCCUGGAUGACGAAAAGCCACCACAUCCACCUCCUGAGUACCAGCACUCAUCCAGCGAGAGCACCCAGUCGACCCCGAACCAAGACAGAAGAAGAGGUGGGCAUCGCAGCGAUGGUGGAGUAAACGAACCCAUACUCGGCUCGCAACCGUAUGAGCCACCACCUCCUGUCACCGCGUCGCAGGGCAAGAAACAACCACGCCCCCACGUGCAACCCCCCUACAGAUCGCCUCCUCCGUAUGUGCCUCCAUAAGUUCGUUACUGAAGUGUAAUUAUAUAUAUAACUGUAUGUAUAUAUAUAUAUGUAUGUAUGUAUACUUAUACAUAUAUAGCGUAUAUGUGUGUGUGUGCGUAUAUAUUAUAUACACUUGUGUUCUAUUCUGUAUAUAUUUAUUUAUAUACGUGAAUAUAUAUUCAUGUAUAUAUCACAAAUAUAUAUAUGUAUAUACAUAUAUAUACACACACACACACACACAUUUAUAUACAUAUGUAUAUAUGUAUAUACAUACAUAUAUCACACAUUUGUAAUAUGCGUGUAUACACGCAUAUUUACACACUAAACACGCAUACAUUAUAUAUAUAUGUGUGUGUGUGUGUGUGUGUGUGUGUGUUAUGUAAACCUCUACCACUGUUCAAUCAACCAAAAAUACAAACUAAUAAUCAAAACAAUGGCCCUUUGCCCUGUCCUCCUGCUCCAGAGGCCCCUACCCAAUGCUCCACCCCCUCUUUAUAAAAACAAAAAAAGACAAAAACAAAAAAAAAACAUGGACAAAGACAAACAAAAAAAACUAUACAAUAAAAUUAACAUUUUACAAAUGUAACAGUUUAUACAAGAUAUACAUGUAUAUAUACACACACACACACACAUCUACAUGUAUAUCAAUAUAUAUAUAUAUAU